AUGGACGACAAACACACAUGUUUAAAAGUAAAGCCUGAGUUACAAGGAAUGUAUUGGAAUCGACACGAUAAUGCAUCAUUGAACAUCAUGGCAAUAUGUGAUUUGAAUAUGUUAUUCACAUAUAUCUGGAAUGGAGCACCAGGAUCAUGCCACGAUACAACUGUUCUGCAAAUGGCACAACAAAGUGAUACCGAGUUUCCUUUGCCUCCAUCAGAUAAGUAUUAUCUCGUUGAUUCUGGUUAUCCAAACAGACAAGGAUUUCUUGCUCCUUAUAGAUCAUCACGAAAUCGAGUUGUGAGAUAUCAUAUGUCCCAGUUUCAUUCUGGUCCUCCUCCAAGGAAUAAACAUGAAUUGUUCAACCAAUGUCAUGCAUCAUUACAUUCAGUUAUUGAAAGAACGUGUGGAGUUUGGAAGAAGAAGUGGAGGAUACUUUCUGAAAUAUAUAAUGUUCAAAUUCAGAAAAGAGUGGUAAUGGCUACAGUGGGACUACAUAAUUUCAUCAGGAUUUCAAAUUUCUCGGAUGCAGAUUUCGUAGAUGUACUGACUGAGACGAACAACAACCAAAAUUUUGAGCAUGUAUAG